AAAUAAUAAUUAUCAUCAUAUACCACGUUUUUUAUCGUCAACGAAAUCGAUGACAACGAAAACAACAACGUCCAUCACCUCAAUGAUUCAUAAUUAUCGUUUUAAUUUCUAUGUUUAUGAUCAAAUUACAUUGACUGUUGAAUAUUUACCAAACAUAACAAUCGAUAUAAUGGAAAUAUACGAUGGAAAUUCAAUGAUGAUGAUGAUGACUAUCCAGGAACAUCAUAAACAUCAACAUCAUCAUCAGAAUAGAAUAGUCAACGUUGAUAAUAAUGAUAUUAAAACAAUGAAUUCAAAUACAACAACAUUCGAUCAACAGAAAUUGAACAAUCGAACAUUGUAUGAUAAAAAAACAGCAACUACUACUACUACUACUACUACCGGAACUACAUUCCACAAUAAUAAUAAACGUAAUAACAGGAACCGGAAAGUAUUUGUCAAAAAUCGUAUAAAAUUACGUUGUAUUAUUGAUUCGAAUCCGGAACCAUAUCGUAUUCGUUGGCUAUUGAAUCAUCGUGAUAUCACCUUGUUGUUCGUAUCGAAUGAAUAUCAAUUAUUGGAUAAAAAUCGUACACUUUUAAUCGAUGGCGGCGGCGGUGGUGGCGGUGGUGGUAGUCUAGGUCGAAAACAUGAAGGAAAAUAUCAAUGUUCAGCAUAUAAUAAACUUGGCCGUGGUGAUUCAUCCGAGCUAAUCAUUUCUGUUCUACGACCACCAAAAUGUGCCUUUAAAUCAUCAUCAACGAAGAAUCCAUCGUCAUCUACUACGACGAUGAGUUUAUCAUCAACAACAACAUCAACACAUGUGACAAAGAUUGAUUCGGUAAUCAAUUAUCCGGCAAAUUUAUUCUGUCAAGUUGAUGCUACAAUGCCAUCAUCAUCAUCAUCAUCGAUGAUGAUUGAUGAUCGAUUAUGGAUUUAUUGGCAAUUACCAAAUAAUCAUUAUAUAUUGACAAUAGAUCAUCAUGGAAAAUUAUUACGAAUACCAAUGAAACGUUUUGAUCAAUUCCGGAAAUUACGGGAAAAAUUUUCACCACCAAUAUUGUCAUCAUAUACAAAUGAUGAUGAAAAUCGUUUAUUUGAUGAACAAGUUGCCGAUCUACUUGAUCUGCAUGAUCUUAAUGAUGAUGAUAAUAAUAAUGAUAAUGUUGGCUAUGAUGAACAACAACAACCAGAUAUUAAUGAUUAUCGUCGUAUAACAUUAGCAUCGAAUGAUGUACGAUCACGAUUGACGAUCAUACCACGUUCAAAUAUAGAUUUUGGUUUAUAUCAAUGUUGGGCAGAAAAUAUUUUCGGUUCAAAUCGUUAUGAACCAUGUUUAUUUAAUCUGACAAACAAUGAUUUCGAUGUUGAUGGUAACCAACAACAACGUAAUCAUCAAAAAUCAGUUUGGAAAAAUACAACCACCAACAUACGUAAUGUAUUGAAACAAAAAUCAAAACUUCCACAUCCGGUUACAAAUUGUACGACAACAUUCCUGAUCGCAUCAUUACUAUCGAUUCGUUGUCGACAUUAUAAUUAUUCCAGUUAUUCAUCGAUAUUUCAUCGAACUACGACAAAGAUUAAUCAUCAAUCAUCGAUUGGCCAUGAAGUUGAUACUGAUGAUGAUGAUAUUGCCGAUCGUAAUCUACAAUUUCAUCUGAUUUUAAAAGAAUUAUCAUCAUCACACGAUUCAAAUCAAUUGAAAAAAGAUAUGAAAACUCGAAUCUCUAAGAACCGAUGGCCAAUUUUCAUAUCCAAUCAAUCAAAUCCUAUUGAACCGAUAUUUUUAUUAUCAAAUCUACGGGCGAAUUCUGUUUACGAAGCUAUUAUUUAUGUUUCAAAUGAUUUUGGUUUUAGUGAUCAAACCAGAAUAAUUAUCAAAAUGACCGCCAAUACGACGACGACAAAAACUUUGAAGAUGAGCAAAACAUCCGGAAUGAAUGGCUUUUAUAGUAAUGAUGUUGAUGAUUAUAAUCAUCAUAAUACGUUUGAAUGGCCUUCACCAUAUUCACCUUCAUUAUCAUCAUACGAUGAUUGGCCGGAUAUGAAUAGUUUUGAUUAUCCGGAAUAUGACGACGCUGAUGGUGAUGAUGAUGUUGAUGAUGAUUCAUUGAUAUCAUCACCAUCAAUGACAAUGGGUAAAGCAGACCUACAUCAACAACAAAAUUCACAUCAUAAUCCAUUUAAUGGUCCAUUUUCUACAACAGUAUCAUUGUCAUCAUCAUCGAAUCAUCAUCAUGAUAAACAUCAUCAUCAUCAUAAUGAUCAUCAUUCGAAUAUCGAUGAUGAUAUCCUUAAUAAUGAAUUUGGCCUAGGUAUUGGUCAGAAUUCUACAACUAGCCAGAAUCGUUUCGUAUUGAUUAUCAUCAUCAUAUUCACUAUUGUUUUGAUAGCAUUUUCAACAUUAUUAUCGAUUGCAAUCGGUUUAUGUUUAUAUCGUCGUAAACGUAAUAAAUUAAUUGAAUUACAUCAAAGACAAUUACAAGAACAGCAACAACAACAACAACAACAGAAUCAAUCAUUAUUUGAUCAAGGAAAAUUGAAUGAUAAUUUCAGUGAUGAUGAUGAUGGUAAUUGUAAUAAUGGCAGCGAUAAUGAAAAUAAAAUCGAUGGUGAAAAGGCGAGAAUUCUUGAUUCAGGUUUUACGGAAACAUUUCCAUUGGACGAUUAUUCUACCGGUGUUUUCAUAUUGGAUACAACCCGUUCCAAUACUUCCAAUAAUAAUAAUCAUCAUCAUCCAACAGAUUCAAUUUUAUCGAAUAAUCCAAUACAUCAUCAUUAUCAACAACAACCAACAAGACAUCAAAUGAUGAUUUAUCGUGAUUUUGUAUCAUCACCACCAUCAUCAUCAACAUCACCGGCAACAUCAAUGAUACAACAACAAACGACAACAAUGAAUCUUUUAAAUCCAUUAAUUCAACAACAACAACAACAACAACCGCCAAUGACUACUGAAUUUCUAUAUCAACCGGCUACUCCGGGUACAUCCGGGUUUCUUGAUCUUGCUGUCGAUCGUGGUAAUGUACAACUAAUACCAUCAUCAACAUCACCACCAUUACCACAAUCAUCAAUGGCAUCAUAUUUAACAUUUUCCAAUAUUGAACAACAACAAUCGGGAACAACAUCACCAUCAUUAAUGUUGACCACCACCGAUACAGCAACAUUCAGCAACAAUUUAGCCGGUAUUAAUCAUCAUCAAUCUAUUUCAGAAGUCUGAAAACACAAGAAUCCAACAUACAAGUGUAUCACGCAACUAAUAAUAAUAAUAAUAUGAAAAUGAACAUUACAGUUAUGAUGCAUUCACGAUUAUUUUACUUUGAAAAGUACCUACAGUCAACAUUCUGAUUUAUAAAUCAAGUGGUUGCCGACGCUAUCAUCAUCAUUCAUAAUGAAAAAAAAGGAAUUACAUCACGCCAUCAUUACUGAAAUGGUGAAGAAUUUUAUUCUAUCAUAUUUUGUUUGCACAGACAAAAAUACUGAUGAUGAUGAUGAUGAUGACGAUGAUACUUGAAAAAUAUCAUCAUCAUCACCAACAAGGCCUUUGUGAUGAUUACGAUGAUGUUGAUGAUCAUGAAACAACAACAAUAAUGAUAAUAAUAAUGAACGAUGCUGGAAAAAAUAAGGUCAAAUAUAAAUAAAUUCAAUUCUUUAUUUUUCUACGAUUCUACCAGAAAAAAAACGCUAAUUGAUAUCCUUUUGGGAU